CGCCAAUGCAAGAUUGUCCCCGUGAGCGUCACUUCAUUUGGAUGCCAUUAAAUUGCCUCACUGCCUCUCUAUAAAAUGACUCCCCCGGUGCCAGUUCCUCAGAUUACUGACCUCUUCCAGUCCUGCUCUGGCUAGGAAAGCAGAUUUCACAAGACCAUAACAACAUGUGUGACCAGCAGAAGCAGCCACAGCUCCCCCCAUCCUGCGUGAAGGGAUCGGGCCUGGGGGUGGCACAGAACACCAAAUGUGUCUCUGUCAAGUGCCCCACUCCAUGCGAGCCCCAAACCGUGGUCAAGUGCCCAGCUCCAUGUUCCACCCAGACCUACGUGAAAUGCCAAGUACCGUGUCAGCCUCAGACCGUGGUUAAAUACCUAGCUCCAUGCCAGCCCCAGACCGUGGUGAAAUAUGUGACUCCCUGCCAGACGUAUGUGAAGUGCCCAGCUCCGUGUCAAACCACUUAUGUGAAGUGCCCACCUCCCUGCCAGAAAACCUACGUGAAGUGUCCACCUCCCUGCCAGACCACCUAUGUGAAGUGUCCACCUCCCUGCCAGACCACCUAUGCGAAGUGCCCACCUCCCUGCCAGACCCAGACAUCUUAUGUCCAGUCUGCUGCUCCCAGCCAGACCUACUAUGCCCAGGCCUCCUCAGGGGGUGGCUCAGCCUCCUACUAUGGGGUCCCAGACCCCUGCUCUGCCCCCUGUUCCACCAGCUACUGCUGCCUGGCUCCCUGCACCUUUGGAGUCAGUCCCCUGAGGCGCUGGGUGGUGAAGCCCCAGGCCUGCAGUUCAGGGUCUUCUGGCUGCUGUGCCAGCUCUGGGGGCUGCGGCUCUGGAGGCUGUGGUUCUGGAGGCUGUGGUUCUGGAGGCUGCGGUUCUGGAGGCUGUGGCUCUGGCUGCUGCAGCUCAGGGUGUUGUGGCUCUGGGUGCUGCUGCCUGGGGAUUAUUCCCAUGCGCUCCCGGGGCCCUGCCUGCUGUGACCAUGAUGAUGACUGCUGCUGUUAGAUGCAGGACAGCCCCCGCUUUGGAGCUCACCAGGUUGUGCAACCUUCUGGAACAUUCCCCAGCCUCUGGUUCCCUCCCUGGAUUCCCCCUGGUGACAUACAUUGGAAUUGCUUCACCUCAGUGCUUUGCUUCUUUCUCAUAAGGCAGCCUGCCAGAGUCUGCACCAGCCCCAGACUUUGGCAAGAAUAAAACUCUGAAUGCAACUCA